AUGACAGUUGUGGCAGAUGAACGGGUUCAGCCGGAAAAUAAUCAAAAUCAGCCAAAAAUCGAGAAUUCUGGCGGCAUUUUUUAUCGGAUAUGUUGUUGUUGUAGCACAUCGGAAAAGGAGCCGCCUGUGCAAUUGAUUCGAAGUGAGUUGGGCUAACUCUAGAAGGGCUCGGGCUCGGGCUUCUAGGCUUCUAGGCUUCUAGGUUUCUAGGCUUCUAGGCUUUAGAACAUUGAGGUUCAGGGCUUUGAUCUGAAUUUAUAUUUAAUUUUUUAAAGCUUGGGGUUAGGCUUAGAGGCUUAGAGGGAACUUAGGCUAACUUGAGAGAAAGAGAGAGACGCAGAGAAAAAUCCAAAAAAAAUUUUUGGAUCAAUCGCGUCGAGACCAAGAGCGCGGGAACUGCACUUUUAGAUAAAAUUAGUCAGGGUUACUGUAGUUCUGAAAUCUGAAAUUAACAAAAUCCUCAUUUUCAGGCUUAACAAGCUUUAGGCCUUAUUUUAGGCUUAGCAAGCUUCAGGGUUUAUUUUAGGCUUAGCAAACUUUAGGCCUACUUUUAGGCUAAGCAAUCUUCAGGCCUUAUUUUAGGCUUAGCAAGCUUUAGGUCUAAUUUUAGGCUUCACAAGCUUUAGGCCUAAUUUUAGGCUUAGAAAGCUUUAGGCCUAAUUUUAGGCUUCACAAGCUUUAGGCCUUAUUUUAGGCUCCGCAAGCUUUAGGCCUGAUUUUAGGCUUCACAAGCUUUAGGCCUUAUUUUAGGCUUAGCAAGCUUUAGGGCUUAUUUUCAGGCUUUACAAGCCUUAGGCCUAAUUUUAGGCCUAGCAAGCUUCAGGCUUAGUUUUAGACUCUGCAAGCUUCAGGCCUUAUUUUAGGCUUAGCAAGCUUUAGGGCUAAUUUUAGGCUUAGCAAGCUUUAGGCCUUAUUUUAGGCUUAGCAAGCUUCAGGCCUAAUUUCAGGCCUAGCAAGCUUUAGGGCUAAUUUUAGGCCUAGCAAGCUUUAGGGCUAAUUUUAGGCUUAGCAAGCUUUAGGGCUUAUUUCAUGCGUUGAAGGCUUUAGGCCUAAUUUUAGGCGUUGCAAGCUUUUGGGCUAAUUUUCAGGCUUAGCAAGCUUCAGGCCAAAAAUUUUCUAAAUCUGAAAAUUUCAGAUUUCAAAAAUCCUAGAUCAAAAUUCAAUUCCAGGCGGCUCUCUAACCUAUCAACAAGGUUCAAACGAAGCUCCACCUCAACCCCAAAUCUCAACAGCAAAUGAAUCAAUCGAAGGUGUACCCGAAGUUCAGCCAGAGAUCAGAAAGAUCGAGGAAACAAGUUCAGAAAACGACGAGGAAAUCAAUGUAAACGACAUUUUGAUGGAUGAAGUUAUCCGAAAUGCCGAGGAACAAGAGGAUAAAACUGAAGUUCUGGAAGAGGAUGUUGUCUCGAUUUCCAGUCAUGUUAUUCAGGAAAUUGAUGAGAAAGAUCUGAAUGAUUUUGUGAAACCGCUGAAGGCUCGGAAGGCUACGGUGACUAAUGAAGAUUCGAUUUCUAUUACUUCACACCAGGAGGAUCAGGAAGAUAAUCGGAAGAUGUCAGUGAUUGAAUUUAUAAGAAGUGAGGCUGAAGCUGAAGCUGAGGCUGAAGCUCAGGCUGAAGCUGAAGCUCUAGAAGCCCCACAAAAACCAGCGCGAGAUCCUGAAGUCACCCAAUCAGAGAUCUCAGAUUCCGAGGAAGAUCAGGAGGUCCCACCACUCCCCUUAGAACCUCCACCACGGCUCACAACAUCAGCGCUCGAAAACCAUCCGAUCCCCCCGCCAAGAUCGCCAAGGAUCAGCAAGAUGUAUCAGAAUGCGGAUGAUUCUGAUUCUGAUUCAGAUUCUGAAGAAGAUCAGGAGCCAAUUGGGUUGAGUAAAAUGCAGCCAAUCACAUUCGCCGCUUCGCCGAAACCAGCGGAUUCUGAAGCUUCAUCAGAUUCUGAAGCUGAAGCUGAAGCUUCAUCAGCUUCAGAAUCAGAAGCCGAGGAAAUUGGGGUGACUAGAAUUUCAGUCAAAAGCAAUGGCCAGGCUCAAAUUCAUUCGCCACGUAGUCCAGUUCGUGUAAGUCUAGAUGUGGAUCGUCAACAAAUUGUGACAGAUGACGAGUUUUCGGAGAAGCUUAUUUGA